AGGAUAAGACCUGGGGUCAAAUUGAUGGGAGAUGCCGCCCAGAAGGACUCAUACCAAAUCACGCAAUGGUUGUGACCAGUUGCGAUGAACGAGGCCCACCAUGCUCCAAUUGCAUUAGUCGGGAGCUGAAAUGCACAUACUUCAAUAUCCCGGGAGCACGAAAAGAGGCCAGUCCACCAGCAGCAAUCCCUGCUCCUAUGCAAUCCCCCAGCAAAGUAGCGCCUUCGCAAACAGCAACUUAUGCCAGUCUACCUCUCUCCCGCAACGGGCCAUCUCCGUUAAAAUUCGCCAGUCUACGAGAGCUCGAGUUGAUGCACAAGUUCUCCACGGAGACCUAUCAGAGCCUUUGCAACGAGCCUACGGACCACCAUGUGUGGCAGUCCGUUAUUCCACGAAAGGCUCUCGAGUAUGACUUCCUCAUGAGCGGGGUAUUGGCAGUUGCAUCUCUGCACAUUGCAUCGGAACGUGAACCGCCAGAAGCGCUGUCUUAUAUAGAUACGGCUUUGGAGUUCCAUGAUCUGGCAUUUGCACCAUUCCGGCAUGCGAUCGAUAACCUCACUCCGGCGAACUGUGAUGCUGUGUUUGCUCACUCGGUCCUUACAACAGUUAUUGGUAUAGCGCUUCCACAACUGGCUGCCACACGAGAAGAUAGUCAGAGUAUGACCGAGAACAUUAUCGUUGUUUUCGAACUACUGCACGGGACCAGUAACAUCUUCAGCAUUAGCCGUCCAUGGCUCCAAGAUAAGCUGUUCACAUCCCGACGGGGCUUUUGGGAAACCCAGCUUUCCAUAUUAGACAGUGAAACGGAGGCUGCUCUGGAUCGACUAACCGCGUUAAACAACGAUAUGCUGGCUGGUGCCAAUGUGGAGCAACACCGCGUUAUCAAAAAUGCAGUAUCCCUCCUUCGCCGCUGUUUCUGCAGAUACGAUCAUAACCGAGAUGUGGCUUCCAUCCUUGCCUGGGUUGCAACCGUUGAUAAAGAAUUCGUCCAUGCUCUGAGAUGCCGUCAACCUCUUGCACUCUUAGUUCUCAUACACUGGGGUGCCCUUCUGUAUGAGCUCGAUGGAAAGGUGUGGUGGGCGACUAACUCUGGGAGAGCUCUGGUAUCCGAGCUACUAAGAGCUCUUCGUCCCUGUGACGUGCGAUGGGAAGGCGCUUUACAGUGGCCAAAACGGAAAAUAGGCCUCUGA